AUGGUUGAAGCACACCUCAGGGCGAUAGCUGACAUACGCACGGCUACAAGUGACACCGCCGAUGUCAUUAAGUGUUCUCGAUGCAAUUCAACAAAUAUUCGAGAGCUCAAGGCAUUGGGUCGCCCCGUAGAGUUCUGGGACGAUUGGCUGGCGCAUGAAGUGGUCAACAAGCUCGCGUUUGAAACUCGAAAGCAGUGGGAGCUAUCACUAAUUAGUAAAGCGCCGCCGACGUUUGAACUGACAACUUUUUUGGAGGUAAGAUGUCGCUCAUUAGCUAUGCUUACUACGCCCGCUGCUCAGAUACCCAUGAGCCAUUCGACUAUGCCCAAAUCAACACGCAAAUCAGCCGAGGUGUUUCACGCGAUACCGGAACAGAACCACUCGCGCUGCAUGUACUGCAAUGCGGCUCACAAGAUUUAUUCUUGUGAAAAAUUUCACAGUUUAGAUUCAACGGCAAAAUCUAAAUGUAUAAAAGAAGCGAAAGCUUGUCUAAAUUGCUUGAGUCACGGGCAUUACAAAGAGCGUUGUAAUAACACAUCCGCGUGCCGAAUAUGUCACCAACGUCAUCAUACGCUGCUUCACAAUAUCGCAGGCCCAACCACUAGCACCGCAUUCAGUCACGUCAUCGAGUCUACUCGCACCGCUCCGAAUACCACCACCGCUUCUUCUGCUAACCAACUGACGAACACCGCUGCUGCAUGCAUUUCAUCCUGUUUGAGUUCUGGUUCUAGCCCGCUACCCUCAACGCAAAGAAUAGUCUUAUUAUCGACCGCUUUAGUAAGAGUUCGUGAUUUUGCCGGUCAGUGGCAGACUGCUCGGUUAUUGUUUGAUUCUGGAUCUCACGCCUCCUUCGUGACAGAGGCAUGCGUGCAGCGCUCGGGCCUACCUCGCAAAUCGUCGUCGGUAUUCGUCACUGGAAUCGGUGCAUCGCAAGGAGGUCGCUGUAGGGGUGAGACGUUACCCUCACUUUCAUCCUAUAGGUGGGAUGAAUGCUACGCCAUCAAUGCAUUGAUUCUUAAGAAAAUCACUAGUGAUUUGCCAAUGCGGUCUUUAAAUGUUCCAGAAUGGCCGCAUAUUCAUGGGCUAUUCCUAGCGGACCCGCAUUUUAUGAAGCCUGGCCGCAUAGAUAUACUGGUUGGCAUGGACGCGAUGGAUCAACUUAUCUGCAUCGAUCUUCGGAAGGGUCCAACUGGCACGCCUAUGGCACAGAAAACCGUUUUCGGGUGGACCUUGUUCGGAAGUGUCGACAGUUCUGCUUCAACGCCCCCUGCAUUUACCGCCACUGCAUUGCGAUGUUCAACUGGAUCGGGCGCUUACUAG